AUGGAUUCCGCUGCUGAUUUCGCCCCGUUACAGAAACGGCUGCAAACGUCUCUUCUCGAGGUCACCCGCUCUACUGGACAGCUCCCCGUGAAUGAUCUCAGUUUCCACCGGUCCUCGAACGCAGAAGUUGCGGAGGGAUUGGACGAACAAAGCGGCCGAUUACUGUCUCUGACAUCGUCGAUCCUCAAAGCAGCUACUGCUGGGACGGAUAUCUCUGCGCCGACACUGUCGGGUGAAGAUUCAAUCGAGGACAAUUGGCGGGGAAUCGUGGAUGUGAUCGAUGCGCUUUUGGAAAGAGCAGAUGCUUGCUUGGAUGAGUUUACGGGGGUCAUCAAGAAACUGAGUCCGUCGCUUCAGGACAAAGAGGAGGAAGAGAAGUCCGCUGCGAAAAGGGAGCAAAAAUUCCCGACGAUCUACGACUAUGGCCCUUCAAAAAUCCCCAAGCCUCAACUGCAGUUUGAGCACCAAAUCGAUUCUACGGAUACGUCGCCAUUUAAGCCGCUACUGAAGACGAAGCCUCAUGCUAUAGAUUCACUAGAGCAGUCGCUGAUCCCGCCGGCUGAUGCGCCACAAGGGUACCGUAACCCAUACGAGACCGAGAUCCGCGCUGCGAAGUAUCCCGAAUCUGCCUACGUUGUAGCACCUCCAAUUGACUAUUUGCCGUUUGAGUCGACAACCGCGACCUUUGUGGAUACCUUUGAGGGUGUGAAGGAGAUGUUGGCGGAACUGAAGUCUGCAAGCGAGAUUGCAAUUGAUCUGGAGCAUCAUGAUGUCCAUUCAUAUCAUGGUCUCGUAUCGCUCAUGCAGAUCAGCACUCGAAACAAGGACUGGGUUGUUGAUACGCUGAAACCCUGGAGAGAGGAGCUGCAGGUACUCAAUGAGGUGUUUACGGAUCCCAACAUCAUCAAGCUCUUCCAUGGUGCGAGCAUGGAUAUCAUCUGGCUGCAGCGUGAUCUCGGCCUCUACGUCGUGGGCAUGUUCGACACUUACCAUGCAGCCUAUGCGUUGAACUAUACGAAGAAGAGUUUGAAAUUCUUACUGCAAAAAUUUGUCAACUUCGAGGCCGAUAAAAGGUAUCAGAUGGCCGAUUGGCGAGUUCGACCUCUUCCGUCUGGUAUGUUCGACUACGCUCGCUCUGACACACAUUACCUUCUCUACAUUUACGACAAUAUACGGAACGAGCUGGUAGAGAACUCCACCCCCCAGGAUAAUCUUGUCGACUAUGUGCUGGAGAGGUCGAAGACCGAGGCGUUGCAGCGUUAUGAGCGCCCCGUUUAUGACGCAGCGACAGGCCAAGGCGCGGGUGGCUGGUAUGAUCUGAUGACACGCAGCCAGGUUGUUUUGAGCAGAGAGCAGUUUGCUGUUCUCAAGGCGGUUCACGAAUGGCGCGACAACGUAGCUCGGGAAGAAGAUGAAGGCGUCCAGUGCGUUUUCCCGAAGCACGCUCUUUUCCGAGUCUCGCAGGUGAUGCCACAAGACCUUGGAACCCUGUUUAGAACACUCUCCCCCGUCACACCCAUCACCAAGGAACGCAUGCCCGACCUGUUGGAAGUCAUCAAAACAGCAAAGGCUGAAGGUGCCGAUGGACCUGAAUGGCGCGACAUCUAUGUCAAGCCCACCAGAACCGCACAACAGCCACAGGCUCCUUUGACUCCUCCUGUAACAACAGAGGAUGGAUCGUUCCCUACCGCUUCUCGCUUCGAUGUCUCCCAGUUCUGGGGCUCUGUGCUGAACACCGAAACGCCCUCGUCCCCACCAGAGUAUUCGCUGGUAGCUUCCGCUGAAGCACUGCGCCUCUCCCUCCCUAUACCACCCAUGCCGAGAACCGUCUCCGAAGCCCGCGACAAACUAGCUGCGCAACCACCCAAACCAGUCACUCCCCCACCAGCACCAACGAAGGAAGAAGAGGAUAAAAACAAGAUCUUCACCGUCAAGGAACUCGGCGGUCCCCGCAAACGCAAGUCUACGCAACAACAAAAUCCGGCGGAAGCCGAAACCUCCGCAGCCUCCACAGAACCCGAAGCCGAACUUGACGAGAUCCCAAUCGACGUCGACGUACCACCAUCCAAGAAACAGCGCCGGAAAGAAAAGAGAGAGAAGAAAAAAUUGGACAAGCAGAACCAGUCUCAGUCUGCAGAGGACACAACACCCUUCAACUACGACAACGCCGAUUCCGUUCUCCACGCACCGCAGGCUAAAUCCGGGCUACCAAAACGGCCAUUCAACCCUUACAAGAAAGCGCUCGAGGCCCCAUCCGGCGUGCGGAAAGAGAAACGCGAGUUACCUGGGAAGAGCCAUACAUUCAGGUAA